GACUAAGAUUGGAGAAUGCUGGGAGUAGGCCACUUCGACUCGAAUGCCGCGCUCUUACAAUGGCGGGUCGAUUCGCUCUGAUCAAUACUGCGUUCCGCACUGCAGAGACCAGAAUUUGUCGAUUUGGGGGCUAGUGGAAGUCCAUGGAGCCAUCGAGACUGGUGACAGGGUGUUGGGACUGUGUACUUUGGGUGCUGGUUUCCCUUCGUAAGAUGGGGUAUAUGUGGAGGCCUAACGAGCACGUCCAGAAAUGCUGUGAUGGGCGGAUCUUGCAGGUGACGUCGACGUGCCGCGUCGCUCUCCGACUUCAUCGUUCCAUGAAGACGGAAGGGGAUUCCUCUCUCAACUGGUCUUGGGAUAGGGCUAAGAUUCCGGUGUAGAGAAUCGCGAGAGGUGUUCGGGACUGGGUUUGCGGGGUGUGUCGGCGAGCUGGUCACAUUCAUCGAGGAUCUGCUGUGGUCAGGCAGUAGAGUGAGCGGUGGUGGAGGUAUUAGAAUUAGAGUUGCGAUCGGGUUGGGAUCUCAGGACAAUGCAUGGUUGGAGCUCAGUGUAUGGUUUGUGCUAUCGCAGAAACUGAAGCAGAAGUCAUGAAAACGGCACUCGAUUUGCUCCUACACGGUCGAGUACCCUCGAAAUCUGUAGUUGCGUCAGUUCAUCCUGCGGGUGAUCUCUACAGCAGACCUGCAGGACUAGGGAAGUCUGCGGGGCUUUCUUCCAAAGAGCAAGUACUGGAGGAUAAAAAAAAUGCUCUUACUCCGGCGGAACAGUGCCUUGUUCGGGAAUACAUGAAUGGUGCACGAUCUUCCGAAGAAGAAAUUGGCGACGCGGCGCUGCGCAAGCUUGUCCAUAGUCCCACCUUCAUGAGAUUCGUCCAUCGACUCGAACUCGAAAAUGAGGUGGUCGAGUUGCACAAGCAGCUAGACAAAGAAGUUGAGCUUCACAGUGCCCUGGAGAGAGCACUUUCGAAUUUGUCCAGCACCCAAUUGCCCAAUCCUGACUUGCACCACCUUCCCAGCAAUGUCCAGCAGUUGCUCACGGACAUCGCAAUGCUGGAGGUCGCAGUUCUGAGACUUGAAAUGCAGGCGUCCGCACUUCAAUCGGAUCUGGCGCACGAGAGGACUGAGCGCGCAGUGGUGCACCAGACAUUGAAUUCCCCUUCCGACGUGCCUUCGCCAGUCGAAGAUGCCAAAUCACUACCUGCCUUAUCGCUUGCACAUCAACGAUCCAGUUAUGAUUCCCCCCAAUGUCCGGUCCCUUCGAAAGUGCCAUCACGGUUUGUCACAUGCAGUUCCCGAUGCUCAAAUUCUCCUGCACGUGCUACCCUGAAAGAUCUCUUGCGUAAACCCUCUCAAGAAUCCAGCCAGCAAUUUCGCACUCCUCCUAAAUCCCCGCGACAAGCUCUUCGGUUGUUGUGGAGCCCCCUCGACGGGCAGUCACAAAUGUCCUUCUUACCCUUCUCGAAAAAGGAUCGAUCACAGACAGCUAGUCCUUCCACAGCCGAGAAGAACCCGCGUACAUCUCAAGACGAGGGUGCCAGUGCCCCGUCGUCUGAGUCUGCGUCAUCCAAUCCAACUUCUUCUGCAUCGUUGUCUCCGUUCACACCAGGGGAAGAGCCGCAGAACACCACACCCGUCACUCCCACUGGCCAGCCAGAUCACCCAGUUGUACGAAAGUCAUUGAAUCCUGUGAAGUUGUUCCCCUCCGCCAAGCGCCUCGCCUUCUGGAACUUCUCGUCCUUCUCCGAGGAACGAUCUGUCAAGCCGGCGUUUGACACAGAGGCUGCUUCUGUUUCUCUGCCUCGCGACUGUCCCUCCAGAAUUGACGAGGUUCUCACCGACGACGUAAGAAUCAGAAAACUACGGCGAAUCUGGAGAAUGAGGCUACCUGAACAAUCGCAAUCUCCUCGAUCUCCUCUAGACAACGCGCCUACUGCAGCGUCCCCUCCCAGCAUCUCGAACCAAAGCGAUGCUUCGUUGCAGGAAUCACCGCGGAGUUCCUGCAAGGAGUCUCCUCGUCAAAGCAAAGCAGAGAAACUAGAGAUCAUAUCGUACGCAAACAGGCUGUCGGAGGAGAUGGUGCGCUGCAUGGCUAACAUCUACUGCCACUUAGCAGGGCCCAGUUCCCAAUCUCAUGGAUCCCAAGAUUGGCCUGCCUCGUCCUGUCGCACCGACCGUCUCUCCCCCUCUUCAUCCAACUCUUCCCAGUCCGAUUCCUUCGUUCCAUCAGGAGCCCGAAGUCCAAGCUUGGACACUGGACUUUUUGCGGAAUUGAUCGGAUGCGACAGCACUCCGGAUCCAUACAAAGUCUCGGGGAAGCUUCCCUGGGCUGACAUUGGGCCAUACGCCAAUGCUUACGAGGUGUUAUGGCUGACCGUAGGGAUGGACCAGCUUGAAUGCGUCGCGCAGAGUCUUGGAAGAUUCAGAAUACUGGUGGAACAAUUAUCUCAAGUCAACCCCUCGGCAAUGACACACGAGCAGAAACUCGCGUUCUGGAUCAAUCUUUACAAUGCCCUACUCAUGCAUGCUUUUCUCGCAUACGGAAUUCCCAGAAGCGAUCUUAAGUUCUUCACCCUCAUGCAGAAAGCAGCAUACUGCGUCGGAGGCCAUUGGUUCAAUGCUGCCGCCAUUGAGUGCCAUCUUCUCAAGGCCAGGAUUAUGCUCCACCGACCGCAGUUUGCAUUGAUCAUGGCACUUCACAGCAAAAAGCUAACCGAGGAACAAAGUGAGUAUGGGAUCGGCAAGCCUGAUCCGAAAGUAAACUUCGCGCUGUCUUGCGGUGGCCACUCUUCCCCGAUGGUGCGAAUAUAUACAGCAGAGCACGUUCAUGACCAGCUCGAUUGCGCAUUGCGAGACUACGCGCGUGCGACGGUGGGUCUGACAUCUAAAGGCCGAGUCCUGCUACCCAAGCUCCUGUACAAUUACGCUCGUGAGUUCGUCGAAGACGAUGUGGUGCCCCAGUGGGUGACCCAGUUUCUUCCCGCGCCGCAGGCCGCGGCUGUAUAUGAGUGCACCCAACAACGCUAUCGACGCCGAAUCUUCAACAAUCCUGCGACUUUUUCAGUUUCCCCUUUCAGCUUCGCAUUUCGGUACCUGUUCCCGGAAUCCUUCAGCUGCCCCGAUGGCUGAUUCUAAUCUUUCAUCUUCGACACAUCCACCACUUCUUCACAUUCCUUCGCCGAUGUGCAGCAGCAACCAUGAGAUAGUUUAUACAUUGAUUGUCCACGCCAUUCAUUGAAAGAUGUGGACAUUUUGCUACAAAUCCCAUCUCUUAUAGAAAAGCAGUAAACUCACUAUUGGCAAAACCAGCUCAGUUUGUACAGUCGACACAAAUCAAUUACAACACCACACAAGCAACAUUUUCCUUUAAA